AUGGAGGGCCGCACACUCGCCGCGUUCCGGCCAGAAGGGUCCAAAGCCGUGGUGAGCUUCGACCGGGUGAAGGCGUGUUACAUUUUCGUGUUGGUGGGCUUUCAUCAGCAGCUUCUGAAUGCUCCCAAUCACCGUGUGCAGUUGGCCCACUACUUGCCGUACAGGACCGUGGACCAUGGUGUGGAGUUGAUGAUGGGCAUGAUGCUCAUCUCUGGAUGGCUGUCGUCGGCUACAUGGAAGGAUGCCAGCUGGGCCAACCACAUGCUCAAGAAAGUCUCACGCCUCAUCCCACCGUACAUCGUGGCCGUUGUCUUCACAGCCGUGCCACUGGCCUUGGAACGCGACGGCUGGGAAGGCUUGCUGCAGUACGGAUUGGAGAUCCUGACCAUCGGCGGCUGGACCCCACUGCUCUCAUGGUGGACCAUGAACCGACCGCUCUGGUUCCUCUCCACGCUGCUGACCUAUCACUACGCGUCUCCCUUCUUUUUGAGGUGGACACGCCGGCAGAGUGUUCGGCGGCUUCUUCUCGUUCUGGCCGCCCUGUAUGCUCUGCGCACGGGGAUCGCAUGCCUAGUGCUGGUGCUGCUGGAACAAUGGACCGGGGACCUGGAGUCUUAUGCGCGCAUCAUCCACUUGUGGAGUCCCACGCAGAUCUGGGUCCCCUUCAUGGGGGCGAUCUUGGAGCAGAUCACCGCUCGCACUGCGCUGCCGGCAUGGGUGCAGAAGUGGCAGGUUUGGCUUCUGUCCGACGUUUUGAUCCUCGUGUUGAUUGGAUGCACAAACUUCUUGCCGUCGACUGGACGGCCGAUGGUCGAUGCACUCCUGGCCUACAACAAUCUCCUCACCGGGCCUCUGCAGCUUGUCCUGGUGGUGCUGCUCAGCUGCGAUUGCAACUCUUUCAGGCUCCUGUCUAGCCUUACUGACGGCACCCGCAAGCUGGCAGCCGCCAUGUUGAAGCUCUCCUACACGGUGUAUCUGACCCAUUGGCCUUGGGCCGCUUGCAUGCACUAUGCCGGGCGUUUUGCCUUGGACUCCUGGAACUCCAUGUUGGCCACAUGGGCUACUUCCAUCCUUUUUGCCAUCUUCCUGGACUUCGUCAUCGUUGACCCAUUCACUGCGACAUUUUGUGGCUGGAUCACGCCGAAACCCAAGGCUGGAAAUGAGGCCACCAAGGACGAUCCGAAGCCCGACAUCGCACAGCAAAAGAAGGCCGAAGAGAGCAAAGAUCCGGAGCUUGGCCUAUCUGAAGAGGUAGUGCCGCCCCGGGAAAGGAGCUCGGAAAGGGCUGAAACGCUUCCCUUUACUGCCUUCCGCUAUUCCCAGGUGUGA